CUGUAAAACCGUUGGGGAAACGGGCUAGUGUUUUUUUAACCUAACCUACCACAACAGUUGCGCGCGAGCGCCGCGCCGAACGCGACACGAACACGAACGAAGCCGAAUUUCAGAUGUUCGAAAUUCAAAAAGUGCAACCAAACUGCUCAAUAUUGUGAUUUAUUACUAGUGCCUUACGAACCCACGUGAUGUCAUAGUGCAAAACUAGGUUAUAUGUGAACUCUUUAUGGACAGUGCUGCUGAAAGACCCAGGGUUGCCGCUCGAGUGCCAUGGCGGAGUGUUCGUUCGCGCGCUGCCAGCAGGAACGACGCGCCAUCCGCAAAGAGCUGCAGCGCUGGACCAAGAACAUGGUGUACAUACUCGGUCUAGAACGGGUGGCAGAGGAGUUGAUGGGUCGAAGAAAAUGGAAACUCUAUCAAGACGCGAUCCUACCCAAGCGCGACGGCGAGCCCUCCAGCGACGAGUCCAUGCCUUCCACGGACCCCCCUCCAGCCCUCAAGAUCAAGACCAUAGAACAGAUAAACGAAGACAAGCAAGAAGAAAAAAGGCCGGAGACCAUAUUAGAAAGACUGAUCAAGACUCCUGCUACUGUCCCGAAGGUGGAGAUGGUGGAAGAACCGUCAGAUUGGAAGCCAUCGGACAAGUGUUACUUCUGCGUGGAGGGUGAGGGUGGAGGGGAGGCGCGGCCAGGCGGCGCGGCGAGUCCGGCCUCCGAGUCAGACAGUAGUUCGGUCUCCGGCGCGAAGAGUCCGGCCGCCGCUCCCCCUCAACUGCUGCAACACCUGCUGCAGAUGCAGUUGCAGGCGCAGAGUCCGCAGGCUAUUGCACAGCUGCAGCAGAUGAUCGCGACGCUGGCCGCGCUGGGCACGGGGCUGGUGCCGCCAGCGCUGUCGCAGGCGUGGCUGAUGCAGCGGCUAGCUCCCCGGCUCCCUGACAGGCUCCAAGAUGUAGAGAAGGCAUCAGCACCGAGCGCCUCUCCAACCUCAGCAGAACAGCCCCUGGAUCUCAGCGCCAAGUCCACCUCCAGCACGAGCGGCACGCCACCACCUGACGCCAAGGAUAAUGCCAGAUUGAAACGCGCAAUACUCGAUGGCGGGGCUGGCAACAGCACCGCGCGGCGGAACUACACCGAAGAUGAGCUCCAGUCAGCCCUCCGGGACAUCCAGUCCGGCCGGCUCGGGACCCGCCGAGCAGCCGUCGUCUACGGCAUACCCCGGUCUACCCUCCGCAACAAGGUCAACAAGUUUGGACUCGUCACGGAACCCGCCGACUCCGACCCCGACUCCGACCCUGAACGACCCGACUCGCCGCCCUCCGUCAUCCUCAAAAUACCCACAUUCCCACCCCCUGACGAUAAAAGCCCGUCACCCGCAACCCCAGCGGCACCAGUCACCCCUGUAACUCCAAUCCUACCGCCACAACCACCCCUGAAUACACCGUCUCCGCUCCUGCUGCCGGCGUCUGUCUUCGCUGAUCCGCCUUCCUCUCAACAUCUCUUCACGUCGUUGAGCGACGUCAUAGCCAAGAGUAUAAGCCAGAAGUUCCAACAGCCGCUAGAAAGGCCCCAUGAUUUCAUGCGACUUCAACAAGACAGGCACGUUUCCGUCAUUAAAACCCCGCCAGACAACUCUAGAAAUUUUUCGGGUCCUAGUAACUCUCGCGCUCCUACGAACAAUAACGGACAACCCGCAACGGGCAAGGGAACUAGACCUAAGAGAGGAAAAUAUAGGAACUACGAUAGGGAUAGCCUGGUAGAAGCGGUGAAGGCCGUGCAGAGAGGUGAGAUGUCGGUUCACCGCGCCGGUUCGUACUACGGCGUGCCGCAUUCGACUCUCGAAUACAAAGUCAAAGAGCGGCAUCUGAUGAGGCCGCGUAAACGAGAGCCGAAGCCGCCUCAGGACGUGAAGCCGCAGCCUCCCAAGCCGCCGCCGCCGAAGCCGAUGACCAAGCCGUUCACCAACGGUCUCAACGGGCCCGAGGCGCCCGGGUAUCCGCCGAGCUACUUCUGGCCGGGAGCUGGGUUCCCGGCCCCGCCCGCGCCGGACCUUUACGCGUCGCAUAUGAUGCGUCGGCUCAGAGAAGAAGCGCCUCCGCCGGCGAACGGGAGUUUCCUGGAGGGGAUCAUAAGGUCGAGUCUGGAAAGGCCCGGUGCGGCGUUGCUGCAACGGUUGACAGGGGAGCCGCGACCGCCGGCGCCGAACUCAGACGCGCCGAGUCUCCUUCGACGGCUAGCGGGAGGCGACGAGGAAGGCCCGCCUGCGCGCCGAGCUCGCAUCGACUCCUCGGACCGUCAGCUCGCCGCCGAGAUGCGGGAGGCGGUCCAGCGGCUCCGAGCGGACAAGAUGCGGCCCCGCAACGGGACGCCCACGCCGCCCGCGUGCGGGACGCUGUCGCCGCCACCGCCGCCCGCGCCGCCCGCCGCGCCGCCCGACCGCGCCUAGUAUCCGCUGUACUACCCUUUCCAGUGAUACGCGACGUAGUGGCGUCGCGUUCGCCCAUGGAUUUUGAAAGACGUUCCGAUCUCCUCAGUCUUUGUGAUAAUUAUUAUGUAAAGUACAUUCCGUUGGGAGAGGGAAGCGGCCGAAACGUAAAGGCGCGUUAGCGUGCCUCGCCGGCCGCUCGGCCCCUCCGCGCACCGGUCCGAUCUAACUCUGUGCCUGGGCCGUUAAAGUGUGCCCGUCUCAAGUUUCUACAUUACAUUAGAGUGCAAUAGACUACAUCGUAAGGAUUUUUCAUACGAAACUCAUGCAUUAUUUACAUGUAUACUGUUGUAGUGACAAUAACGUUAGUGACAGGCUUUUCUUACAUUAGACCAACGCUGGGUUUUCAUUUGUUUACACAUCUAUAGCUUUCGUAGUUCCGUUUCCGUUCCGCAACCGUCUUUAGUCCAGCUCUAUCACAUAUAUACAUUGACACAUAAUCACCAAAUAACACAAUAGUUACCUACAGACACACCCAGUUCAAUAUAUCACAGCUUUACUAUGAAAUAUCACAAUAAAUAGUUAUAGUACCACGUUCAUGCUCCACUCUUGGUGACUUACAGUGUUAUUCGCUGGGGUAAUAUAAAACUUUCGGGGGAAGACUUGUAGGAUUUCAAACGUCUUGUAAUAUAAAACUGUCGUUUUGUUAGUGACUGUUCGGCUGUAGAUAGCUUGCCGUGGGUGUUUUACGACAGCGGCAAGUGCUUUUUAAAAUUAAAAUUCAUUUGAUGUCUAUGAUAUCUGUCUGAAAGACGUUCGUAGCGAUCGCCUAAGGAAUGAUAGGUUAGGAUACCACUGAAAGCCACGAAGAUAUAACGAUUGUUCAAAUUCUGGCAAAUCUUUGAAGCCUCAUUUUUGACCUUGUGUUUAAGUAAAAGACAACCAAAAGUUAACGUUAUGAAAUUUAACUAUUUAAAUAAUUUUAAGUAAUAAAAACAAUGUAACAAAUUAAUUAUAAAGCUAGCCAUGAGUGUAAAUGUUAUCGAUUUUUAAGUGAACUAUUGCAGAUUUUGUGCGGUGUUUUUAUAAUUAGAUAGGUAAUAUAUUGAAUGAAAUUAUUAGCGCUAUUGGGUAGUGUGGUGGGUGCGGCUGUCCCUCUCUGGCGAGGCGCGCGAGCUGCGCGUGCGAGCGGGACGCGAUGCGACGCAUGCGCAUAUUCGGGGCACGAACGGACUUAUGUGCAAUUAUUAUUUUGUAUAAAAUAGUAAUUUAAAGUGUGUCUAAGCUAACACGUGGAUUUCCAUAUUACUGAAUGUGAUAUUUAGAUAUUACGAGUGCGGUCUGGCGAGCCGUGUCAUACAUAUAUACACGUACGUACAUUAAAAUACAUCUAGUGAACUUAUAUAUUUUAUGUACUAUUAUUGUAUCUUAAGAAAAUAUAUUCUUAUUUUUCAUGGUCCAAGUUUUAAAUGUUUUAUCGACUAUACAAAAAUAUGGAUAAUCAUUAUUAUAUUCUUGUCGACUUUAAAAAUUAUUAGCCCAAAAAUCCUCAAAAAAAAUGAUAUCUUCAAAUUUGUGAAAUUUUUUGGUGUUCUAUCGAAAGUAUAUUAAUGAAGUACGAGAUGAAAAAAUGUAUACGCUCUCCCAAAAGUAAAAUUUAGGUAAAAACUAUUUGGAUAGAAUUAUCGUACGAUUACUUAUUGUAAGUUAUGUGUAAAUGUCGCCUCAUGGAAAUUAAGAAGUCUUUGUAUUAUGUAUGUAAUUGAAAUAUACAUAUAUUAUAUACACGUUAAAAUUAUAUGUCCUAACCUUUUUCUUCGGAGACCACAACAUGCAAAAUAGGACCUGAAUACUCUCGACAUUUCGACAUUUUUUUAAUUUCCUCUUCAUUCUGACUGUAUAGGCGUCUACAUUUACUAGAAUUCAAAUUACGGUCGAAAUAUCCAAAAACUAAAUACAUAUCCCAAAUGCCGUGAUGUCGAAUGAAUUCUCAAGAGAAAAAAAAAAACAAAAAUUUUUAUAUUCAAAAUUUACUAGUCGAUAGCAUCUUUCAAUUUUAUUUACGUUCAUUUUCGAUGUCUUUUUAAUAUUUAAGAAUACGUCUACAUUUAUUUAAUCUAUCAUGCAUUUAAUAUUAACUUUGUAUGAUGUAAAUCUGUCAACUUGUGACGUCACUACCAUCUACCAUCGCCACCCCGGACCGCAUUUCGGUUGAGUUUGAGAAAAAUUCCAAAAUCGAACAAUUUAAUUUAAAAAUACGUACCUACACCAAUCUGUGUGUUACUUACGCCUGACAAUUGUUGAUAGCUUAAAAACGGUUAAAUCAUGUAAGUUGUACAGAAAUCAUAGGAUGGGACAAUUUGCAAAGAGAAUUUUAGAUUUUAAUAAACAUUCCGUUUAGAAUGUUAUUAGAUUUUUUUUAAUUAUAAUAUAAAUAUUUUUUCCAUCGGGAACAAAUCAUUACGUUGUUUAAUCUUAUUUGUAACGUUAGUUAUUUUUUAAGCGGCUUUAUUUUUUAAUGACCUACAAUUAUAAUAUUAUAUUGAGAUGUUAUACAUGUUUUUUGUGCAAAGUGUUUGGGCUUGAGGCCCGACUAAAGAGAGUUGCGACUGAUAAGUAGUAGAAACAAGUGAAGUCAGGUAUCCUGGGACAUUAACCAGGUUACCUGGGCUCGGCCUGUACAAAUGGUUUACACCGCCUUAACACUUAAAAUGUUAUACGGCAGUCUCUACUAUAAGUGUAAAUAAUAACCAAUGGUUACAACUUAUGGUACCUGUUACGUCAAAUGGAAGCAAACAGUGGUGUGUACAUCCAAAAAUAAGGGUAUAUUUUUGACGUAAGUAAAAAGUAAAACACGUAGCGGGUUGCCAGCUUAAAAAAUAGCAGUUUUGUAAAAUUGGUUGAUUAUUUACAAUCAUGAUGGAAAUGUUACUUUUCAUUUACCAAAUUGCAUCGUAAGAAUAAAUUAAAAGAACAAGAAAAAGGUGAAUAUAAAUGCAUUAAAAUAAAUGGAUUGUGACAUUUCGUCUCAGAGAUGCCGGAUUUAUUAGUGAAUCAUUUUUAUUGUAUAUUGUUCAAUCAUUUUUCCACAUAGUUUAAGAAUUUUAGUUAAAUACUGUAGCGUAAUUUUUAAUUAAUAGGUAGCCGGUAGUAAUUCUUUAAUAUGUUUGUUAUUUUUUUUUUUGUAAAUGUAAUACAAUUUGCCGUAAGGGUUAGGUUAGGUCUUGAACGGUCCUCGACUGGUCCAGGAACAAAAAAGACAAUGAAGGGAAGUUGCAUUUUUAUCUAGAAACUUAGUGAAUCUUAAAAAUUCCACGAGACAUUUUUGUGAAAGUAAUUUUAUAAAAUACAUUUUUAUCACAGGUUUCCGAACGCAUGAAAACGUCGCGUGGAUCUUUCAAUUUUUAAAUUUGACUUUUGAGUAAUCAAUUUUUAAAUUUAAAAAUGGAAGGUUUUGUAAAAUGUUGCCAGGAGUAUGAUUUCUGAGCAAGUGUCGUGCGCAUGGUUGUUUUAUGCCUGUAUUUGUGUAGUUGAAUAUUUGCUAACCAGAUGGCAACCAUUUUUUGCACUGGCAAUCGCCAGUGAAACAAGUUGCUUGUGGCAACACUACGAAGUACUUAGUGUUGCUAGCCUGAUUGAGAACGGUCUACAUUGACGCGUUUCCUCUACGUAAAUGUAAGUUUCACCUUUAUUGUCACUAAUUGUUUUCCUUUACAACUGUAUGUAUUUCUAGAGGAUUAAUUUUAAUAAUUAUUGUAUUACUAUUACAAUAAUUGACUUAUUAUUAUUGACAUUUAGAAUUACUGAGGAAAGGUACGACAGUUAAGAUUUUGAAGUAAGCGUGGAAUGUUGACACAUUCGUUUUUUUUUUAAAUUAUGUACAACACGAAGCAUUUAAUUUUAGACAUAUUAAAUAUAAUGUUAUCUUUAUAAAAUGAGGGAUAGUGUAAAAUUCAAAUACAAUAUUAUCAUCAUGUAUUUAUUAAAAAAGAAAACGCUUUUAACGAAGUAACAUCACACUGCUGAGGAUUUUUUAAAAGAAAUUUUUGCAAUGAAAAUCUUUGGAAAGUAAAGUUUUUUGUGAUUAAAAAAAUAUGAUUAAAAAUCAGGCAAUGGACCAAUGUAUGACAUAGAAGACGCUGUUAUUUCCUAAUAAUUGAUUGAAAGGCUCAUGUUUUUUUUUUUAUAAUAUAAAUAGGUACCUAAUCUGCUAAAGGAGCUAAUAAGAUCAAAUUAUAAUAUUGUUAUUUAAUUAUUGAGUACAAGUUUUAAUGGAAUAUUUUUUUUUCAAUAUACCUUACUCGCUUCUAUAUUUUUUGUUAUUUUGUUCCUUUAGUUUUAUAUAAUUAUCAUUGUUUAGUUUUCUUAACAGAAUUAAAGAAAUCAAAACGCAUUCCUACAGCGUUUCGUUUAUUUUUUUCACUAUAUUUUAUGUUUUCACUUCCUUAUUUAAGUGAUGGUUGAUGAUUUAAGAAAUCACCUCGAAUUGUUACGAAUUGGCGUUUAAAUGUGAUUGGCAUAACUUAAUUGUAUUAAAUCUAGUCAAAUUUUUAGGAAAGGGUGAGAAAAUUCGAAAAAGCAAAGCUUAAGACAAAUUGACUGACACUUUGAUAGUUAAAAAACGUCCAAAACCCGUCGCCUGGCGACGCAAAAGUUGAUUUGAAAUUGUGGAAUUGUAGAUCACCUAUAGUGGGGUUUAUUUGGAUUGGCGCUUGUUUUAACUGGCAACACUAAUGAAACACGCGCCAAUCCUCUCCGUGAAGACUAUACGGAACCAUUUCUUACGUAUACUUGUAAUUACGUAGCAUCAUUUUGAAGUGAAUUUUCCAAAUGUAAUGUCCUUUACUAUAAGAUCUUUAUAUCUUACGUUAUCUUGACGGCUGGUUAGGCAGGUGUGAGGAUGUGCGAGGAUAUUUAAAACCUGUAUACAAUAAAUUUCAUUCAUUUGUUGAA